GUUUGGACUUUAAAAAUGAUGGUUAAAGUUCAGUGGCAAAACUGAUAUUAAAAGAAGAUUGAGGUGCGGUUUUGUAGAUGAGAGGGUGGGUUGGUUCGUAAAUUUAGUUGUUGACACGAAGGAAAUUCUCGUCCAUCAGAUUGUCUCAACGGGAUAACCAGGGAAAAAAGAAGCUGGUAAGACUAGCACAGUUGCUUGUGAGGAACUGAGCUCAAAUGGCGAUGGCGAUGCCCUCCUUAAAGCUCAACUUUUCACGAAUUUUGGCACCAAAGACGUCAAGUAGCAGGACAUUCUUGAAGCCUGCACGUUGCUCACCCCUCCAGCAAGUUCGAGUCCAAGAAAAACAACCGGCUGAUGCAGGAAUUUUAUGUGAACCUUGCAAUGGUAAAGGAUGGUUAGUUUGUGACUUUUGCAGAGGGCAAAAAACCAAUGUGAAAGCUGAUAACAAUCGGAUAUACCGGCGAUGUCCAUCUUGCAGAGCUAUUGGAUAUGUCUUGUGUUCGAGGUGCAAAGUUUUCAAAUGUGUUACAUUCCCAAAUUACAAUGAUGGUGAAGACUUAUCCUUUUGAGCGUCUAAGUAUUGCAGGUUGGUAAAAUGAUUAUAUUUGUGAGUAGGAUUUAUCCAAAUACUAUGAUUUGCAAGGGGUUUUAUUUUACUGUUUUGAACAGCUUCAAGUUUUUCCUUCUAUGUGAUUCUUUUUUGUUUUUUCUCUCAAGAAGGUUCCAUCAAGUACAUCUGUAACUUUGCAUAUUACCCGUAUAGAAAAACCAAAUUGUUGGAUAUUAAUCAAUUGUAUUUCUUUAUCAAUGAAAGUGAAAUAAACUUUAACUGAAAAGUAAAAGGGCCA